GUCCGUCACUCUGGCCAGCGGGGGCCGAGCGGGUGUCCGGCCCCUGGGUUGCAGGCGCAGAAGCUGCAAUGGCGGCUCCACGGCCGUGCGUGGACGGGCCCUGCUGCUCUCGCCCCAGCGCGGUGCCCGGCGUGCAGCAGACGCUGGAGGAGAUGGACUUCGAGAGGGGGAUCUGGGCGGCGGCUCUGCACGGGGACCUGGGCCGAGUGAAGUAUUUCAUCCAGAAGGCCACGGACCCCAGUCAGCCUGACUCUGCCGGCUACACUGCUCUGCACUACGCCAGUCGCAACGGACACUACGCCGUGUGCCAGUUCCUGCUGGAGAGCGGAGCUAAGUGCGAUGCCCAGACCCACGGGGGCGCCACCGCGCUGCACCGGGCCAGCUACUGCGGGCACACAGAGAUCGCUCGGCUGCUGCUGUCACACGGCUGCAACCCGAGGCUGGUGGACGAUGACGGCAUGACCAGUCUGCAUAAGGCUGCGGAGAAGGGCCACGUGGACAUCUGCUCCCUGCUGCUGCAGCACAGCCCGGCCCUGAAGGCGGUCCGCGACCGGAAGGCGCGGCUGGCCUGCGACCUGCUGCCCAGCCACAGCGACCUGCGGGACCUGCUGGCCGCCUGAGAGAGAGGCCGCCCUCCUGCCGCACGCUGUGCGGAGGGAAACUGAGGCCAGAAGACCCCGGAAGAACCCCGCCGGGCCUCCGUGGAUGUGAGGGAGGAGGUUUGGUGGGGCGGGACGUGCCUGCGCCCGGACAGGCGAUCAUGUUCUGAAUCAGGUCCUGUGGGAACGUCCAUCCAUUUGGAAAAACCAAUAAAGUCAAAUCCCUA